AUGGCCCUUUCCACCGACCCGCUCGUCCUCUACGCUUACAAAGCCCCGAAGGAUAAUAAGAAGCGCGAGCUGUGGAAGAUUCAAAAGGAGGCCCUCAAGGAAAAGUUUCCUACGGGCUGGAAUCCUCCCAAGAGGCUUUCACCUGACGCCCUCGAUGGAAUCCGACACUUGCACCAAACCGAUCCCGCUCGAUUCACAACCGCCGUCCUAGCUGAGGAGUUCAAAACCUCACCAGAGGCGAUUAGGCGUAUCCUGAAAAGCAAGUGGACGCCCUCUGGUGCUGAGGUCGAGAAUCGGCGAAAGCGAUGGGAAAGGCGCCACGAUCGUAUCUGGAGCCACAAGGCUGAGUUGGGCCUGCGCCCUUUUGUCAAACGCGCUGCGCCGUUCUCGGACUCCCAAAAGCUAUAUAAAGAUGAAUAG